GCGCGGGGCGGGGGCGGGGGCGCGGCGCGGCGCCUCCCCCGGGGGGAGCGGGGGCGCCGGCGGCCGGGGCGGAGGAAGGCGCCUGGCGUGGCGGCCGCCCCCUCCGGGAGCGGCAGCCCGGGGCCGCGAGGACGCCCCGAGAUGUUCAACCGGGCCGUGAGCCGGCUCAGCAGGAAGCGCCCGCCGUCAGAGAUAAAUGAUAGCGAGAGUCACCCAAGCAGCAGCCACCAAACCUUGAAAGGAACCUCAAAAUGGGCUACAUCACUGGAGAACCUCCUCGAAGAUCCAGAAGGAGUUAAACAAUUUAGGGAAUUUUUAAAGAAAGAAUUUAGUGAAGAAAAUGUUUUGUUCUGGCUAGCAUGUGAAGAAUUUAAGAAAACACAGGGAAAAAAACAGAUGCAAGAAAAAGCUAAAGAAAUUUACAUGACUUUCCUGUCCAGUAAAGCUUCCUCUCAAGUCAAUGUUGAGGGGCAGUCCUGUUUGAAUGAGACAAUUUUGGAGACACCUCACCCUCUGAUGUUUCAAAAGCUCCAGGAUCAGAUAUUCAAUCUCAUGAAAUAUGACAGCUACAGCCGCUUCUUAAAGUCAGAUAUAUUCCUAAACCAUAAGAAGUCUGAGGAACAGGAGGAGAAUUCGCCAGAGGCUCAGACUGCAGCUAAAAGAGCAUCAAGAAUUUACAACACAUGAUACAAAGAACCUCUUUAGGAGAGGUGAUACGAUAAUUAAAUCUUACUCAGGAACAGUCUUUAGGUUUAUAGCAGUUGCAUUUAGGUCUUUAAAAGCUCAGAACAUUUUUAGGAGAUACUUACCUUCUUAAUUGCUUGAAUGACUAAUUGUUUUUGCUUGAUAGUUAAUAACCAAGCACCCGGGGAAAGACUGUUUCUAGCUAAAAGGCUGAGGCAUUCCUCCAUAGCAUGAAUUGCAUUUCAUAUUUCACAAGUUAAAAUGCUUUCAAUAUCUAUAUUUUUGUGAAGCAUCAUGAGGAAAGAAAUGGAAGAUUUUUUAAUUUUUACCUUCUCAUUUUUAUUUGUGACCUGCUUUUACAUUUUGCAUUGCUGGGAGAAGCUAUUGAGUACCUUUCAAGUUACUUUGUGGAUGAGUCACUCAUAGCCAACUUUAUCAUUAAGGGACAGCAUCUUUCAGGGUUAAGCUUAAUGCAACCCAAUCUUACUCCUCCCUUCCAAUAUAACCUGUUCUUUCAAGGUUGAUUUCUGUUUAGCUUUGCCUUUACUGAUGAAUCAAAACACUUAUUUCUCCAGUCAGGAUUUUCAUUUCUGUUUUUUUUUAAUUUUCCAAAUUUUUUUGCAGCAGACAAUCAGUUCUUCAGAGCAUAGAAUAACCAGUUUUCCCAUGGAAACAAAAGCUGUAAAAUAGAAAGAAUCUCAGAAGAAUUUUCAACAGCCAUUAGGAGAUCUGGUAGAUAACAUCCCACUCUGGGGAUGCUGAUUUCUGCAAUGCCUGACUGGGGCAUGUCCUGCGCUUAGCAAGCAAGGUUAUUCAUAGCAUCAGUGUCAGAUGCCAGUACUGGGAAGCAUCUGGUCUUUCCUACAUCUCCUGAGCAAUCCUACUCUGUGUGGCAAAAAUCCUUUUCCAAAGGACCAGUGAACAAAGUCUUGGUUUGUUUUACUAAGAUCAUUCUACUAAAAUCACCCUGCCUAAUUUUGUUUGCCCCAGGGAUGAAUUUCAGAGUUUCCUGAUCAUAACUUUUGAUAGCUGCAAUGGAUCAGGCAACUGACCAUGUGAUUUAGCCAUUCCCACACCAAGCUUUAGAGGAAGGGGAAUUUAUUUAUUUCUGCCCAGAGGAAUCAAUAAUGAGAUGUCAGAGUAAUGAAGGAGCCUCUCCCAAUAAGCCCUCCAUAUCACCCUGGGGCUGUUUCAGAGCUGAAAAGCACUUUUUUUGGCAUAAGUUUCAUAUAUUUUUGAAUUAAUUCACUGCAGGACUACUGAAUUGCAGUUUAAGCUGGAGAAGUGUAUUAGCAACAUGUUUUAUUUACAUGCUUUGCAAUGUGUAGUCUAGGUCUGUUUCACAUUCUCUUUACUCUUUCAUUUUUUGCACCGUCUUUCUUGAACUUCUGUUUAUGUUCUGUCUAAUCAGAUUGCAGGUUAGCUUUUGAUAGUUUUAUAGUUCUCUUUUUCAGGAAGGCUGGAUACAUAUUAUACAUUACUGUCACUAUUGGUGUUUUGAAACUAGGGCUAGUUCAUAAUUUUUGAGGAUGCAAACUCACAGUAGACUUGAUUAUGACUUUUUUUUUUAUAUAACUGAGCCACUCUUGCAGGUGAUGUAUAAAGCAAAUUGUUACUGUAGGCUCUUCCCUAGUGACAUGCAAGAGUAGGAAAGGGAGUUCUGAUUCUUCCCCCAGAGCUAGAAGACCUAUUCAUUUUUAAGAAAUUAAAGAGGUCAGUCCAUCAAUAUGCACAUUUUAAGAUGUCAUUCUCAUGCACUGAGUACAUUUUCCUUCUAUGCUCCCAGAGGAUUAAAUGGUGAAGUCAUCUUCUUGCUUCUGGCACUUUCAGUGGUACUUGCUUGACCUCAUGCUUAAAGUUAAGUUGUAUUUCAAGGUUUUGCUGAAUAGAAAUGAAGUAAGCACAGGCUUGAGUUCUUUUGCUGCAGUGGGGCCUAGGAAAUGAGAUCACAAUUCUUCCUUUAUCCAGUUCUGGACUUGACAAUUAUUUGUAAUCUCCAGAUUGCCUCUUUUAAAAAUUCACUGUAAUAACCAACUUUUGACUCCUGCCACAACAGAAUAUGGAACUUCUGGUACCACUGAAGUCCUUGGGAGUGGGCUGCUUAACCACAUUUAGGAGUUAGGAUUUGUUUAUUGCCAGUAUUUGCAGCAGAAGUGUUGGUGCUGAUAUAGAUGCACAGUACAUUCAUUUUUAAUUUGUAUAGAUUUUAAAAAUAGAUGAGCCAGGGAGAAGAGUAUUCGGCUGUCAUGUUUUAAAAUAGUAAUAAUUAUAAUAAAUGAAACCAGAAGGUCUAUGGAUAAAGGCAGGGCACUAGAGAGAAAACACUUGUUUGUAGCUGCUUAUAAACAAUGUUUUCCUUGGCAAUACACACCCUAUCAUGUACUGUAUUGUCUGCUCAGUAACAGCAAAUGCCUCAUAGGAGCAGACACAAAGCUGUUUUAUUCUACUACCAACCAGAAGCUACUCAAAUGAAAAUGCUUUUCUUAGCAGCAUUUCAGUGCCUAUGUUGUUUUAGAGCUAAUAUACCUAAAUCCACAAAAGUGGAUUUCUCUCACUCAAAAAUGAGAGAAGUUUCAUGUCCGAUCAUUCUUAAGUCCUACCCUAAUGUGUGUUCCUCAGCUAAAAAUUAAAAUAUUCUACAAAUAAACCAAACCUUGUGCUGA